AUGACAAGCGUGUACCCCCUCGAGGUAAAGAUUCAAGUUCCCAACGGAGAUGAAUGGAACCAAAAAACGGGACUUUUCAUUAACAAUGAAUUUAUUUACUCGGACAAGAAGGAACUAAUAGAAGUGGAAAAUCCAGGUAAUGGCACAACUAUAUGUUCAGUUUAUUUAGCCGAUAAGUCUGACGUGAAUAAAGCUGUGCGGGCCGCCAAAAAUACUUAUGAAACCGAAUGGAAGCAUUUUAGUGGUCAGAAGCGGUCGAAUAUAUUGCUGAAAAUUGCCAAUUUGAUUCGGAAGAACAGUUCACAUUUAGCAGAUCUAGAGGCACUUGAGUCGGGAAAACCAAAAAAUAAUAAUGCGAUAGGAGAUGUUUUGCACACAGCCGAUGUGUUUGAAUAUUUUGCAGGUCUUGCCGUGUUGCUCUUACAAGUGAAUUUGCUACUAUGA